AUGCCUGAACCUGGUGAAUAUUUUUUGCCUCACCAUUGUGUUUUCAAGGAGUCCAGUACGACUACUCGACUAAGAAUUGUAUUCGAUGGUAGUUGUAAGACAAAUACCGGAUUAUCUUUGAACGAUAUUAUGAUGGUAGGUCCAACGAUCCAAGAAGAUAUUUUUGCUAUUCUUUUGCGUUUCAGAAUCUUUGAUAUAGUAAUAAAAGCUGAUAUAGCAAAAAUGUAUCGGCAGGUACUUGUUUCAGAAUCUGACAGAAAACUUCAAAAGAUAUUUUGGCGUAAUAAACCAUCAGACCAAUUAGAUACUUAUCAGUUGAACACCGUAACAUAUGGCACAUCAGCAGCAGCAUUCCUAGCCAUUCGAUGCUUAAACCAAUUAGCUUACGAACAUAAGGAAUCUCAUCCUGAAGCUAGUGAAGCUAUACUAAAAUGUUUUUAUGUUGAUGACCUGCUUUACGGUGGAACAAACAUUUCUGAUAUUAUAAGAGUAAAAAACGACAUAAAUGCGAUUCUGCAGAAAGCUGGAUUUGAGCUUAGAAAAUGGGUAUCAAAUGACGAGCGUGUAUUUCAACAAAUUAAUAAACUAAAGGAUUGUACUCUAGGUGAGCAUGAAAACUCAAAAACUCUUGGUUUGAAAUGGAUUCCUGCCGAAGAUCAACUAAGCUUUGAAAUCGGUAACUUUGAUGAAGAAAUAACUGUUACGAAACGUACAAUAUUGUCCAUGACUGCUCAAUUGUUUGACCCUCUAGGACUAUUAAGCCUAGUAAUUAUUAUACCGAAGGUUAUGUUACAAAGACUAUGGCAAGCGAACCUGCACUGGGAGGAAUCUGUUCCUCUAGAGCUUCAUACAAGGUGCGGUGCAUGCGUAUAUUUAAGAACAGUCGAUGUUGAUGAUAAAGUUCUCGUUAAUCUACUAUGCUCUAAGAGUAGGGUAGCGCCUGUGAAAAUUAUUUCUAUACCCAAAUUAGAAUUAUGCGCAGCUGUUCUACUCGCAGAACUAACACAAAGGGUAUUUCAAGCUCUUAAUAUGGAUAUUCAGAGUGUACACUAUUGGUGCGAUUCUAAAAUUGUUUUGUCUUGGAUUUCAGCUUCAGCGCACAAAUGGAAGACAUUUGUCGCAAACAAGGUAGCAAGAAUUCAAGAGCUGUCAAACCCAAAUGAAUGGCAUUAUGUACAUACGUCUGAUAAUCCUGCAGAUCUUAUUUCGAGGGGUUUAAAUGAAAAAAUCCUGAUUAAUACUCAUUUAUGGUGGAAUGGUCCAUCAUGGUUAAGGUUAAAUACAUGUGAUUGGCCUGCAUAUAGCCAUAAAAUUGACAAUAUACCGGAAGAAAGGGUUGAAGCAUGUCUAAAUUCCCGACCCCUUUCACCACUUUCAUCCGAUCCCAACGAUUUGCUUCCUAUUACCCCGGCCCAUUUUCUGAUCGGAGAAACACUUAUGAGUCAACCAGAACCGGAUUUGACAAAUGCCAAAGAAAACUUACUGUCAAAGCUGCAGCAAUGUCAACAGAUGGUUCAGCACUUUUGGAAUCGAUGGUCCAAGGAAUACAUAUCGGAGCUGCAGAUCAGAUCAAAGUGGAAGCAAUCCUUUCCCAACGUCAUAAAGCCUGGUAUCCUUGUAAUUGUCAAGGAAGAUAAUAAUCCUCCUCUAAAGUGGCAACUUGAAAGAGUGGUAGGAGUGCACCCUGGAGCCGAUAACGUUAUUAGAGCCGUAUCUAUUAAAACGUCAAGGGGAACCAUACAAAGACCAGUCAUGAAAAUUUGUGUCCUACCAGAACACUGUCAAGCAGAGAAGGUUGAAGCCUGA